AUGACAGAACCAGAAAUUGUUGAAGAUUUCUAUGGCGUAUACCUUCUCUAUUGUAUAAACCCUAAAUAUAAAGGUCGUACCUAUAUUGGUUACACUACGGACCCAAAUAGAAGAAUUAUACAACAUAACCGUGGCACCUGGGCUGGAGGAGCUUAUAGAACUAAUAAAAGGGGGCCAUGGAAAAUGGUUAUGAUUAUUCAUGGAUUUCCAAAUAACAUUUCAGCAUUGAGGUUUGAAUGGGCCUGGCAAAACCCAGGAAAGACAACAAGAUUACAACACCUCGGGUUGUUUAAGAAUGGUCGCAAGGAAACUGUGUUCAAGUUCAAAUUACGAGUACUCAGUGAGAUGCUCAGGGUUGGACCUUGGUGCCGGCUUCCAUUGUUCAUAAGAUGGCUGGACAAUGAUUUCAGGGAAGAGUUCCCAGUGGAAAGGAUGCCUCCUGAGCACAUGAUUAUAUGCCAAGGCCCUGUAAAAAGUCGUAAUCUAAGAAAAACAACAAAUGCUUCAUCAGCUGAUUUAAUAAUUUGUGGUUUAUGUUACGGCUGUUUAAAAGCUUCAGAGAAACUGAGUUGUCCGAACACAAAUUGUGACUUAGUCACUCACAUAACAUGUUUGGCAGACAAGAUGUUGUCUCCGGGUGAAUAUAUACCAAUUGAUGGCAAAUGUCCACAAUGUGAUGUUAAUCUGAAGUGGGGAGAUUUGAUAAGGAAAAUGAAGGGUUGCUUGGACUCUGAUAGUAAUGAAGUAUUGAGCCAGAAUAACGACGAAAUUUGUACGACGAGGAAUAAAGUUUUAGAGGGUUGUAGUAAUUUUGACAAUUAUGACUUAAUGGAGGCGUCGAAUGAUGAUGACGUAUCUCAAGAUUUAUCAGGAACAGCUCGUGAUUCGUUGAAUGGUGAUACAAGAGAUUCUGAUGAUGAAAACGAUAACGACGAUGUCAUUCGUAUCCCAAAACACGUUAUGGAUGAACCGUCCUGGUUUAAUGACUGCCAAGAUGAUGUAAUAAAUUUGGAAUAA